AUGGCAAAUACAGGGAACGAAUUUGAGCGUCACGUUUCCUUAUCGCGACAGCGUCGUUUAUCUCAGCAAUUCAAGAGGCACGCCUGGCUGGCCCCUCCAUCAGAUACCAUCUAUGCAGGUAUUUCGGCUUUCUUCUCCAGUCAGCGAGUUUCGACCAUUGCUAUUGCUUUCCGCAACACCACGUAUCUUCUGGACUUCUUCGAGAAGACGUACGAUUCAAACGAACACGGACUCGACGGAGACACAGCAACUGAUUGCAUCCUCAAAGAGCUAAGAGUGUAUGGAGAAAGGCAUUUGGAAAAGAUCGUUGGCGUGGCCCUGUCCGUUCUUGUCGUAGAGCAAUGCCCCAAGCUUUGUUCACGUUUAUGGGCGGAGCUCGAUAUUCUCCCUCUAGUGCUUCCUCAAUCCAAUCUCACUGAUCGUUACACAUCACGUAACCCUAAAGGAGACCGGGAAGGGGAUCCGAAAGCGAUUGACGAACAGGCGGAGUCUAUGUCGCGAAAAUGUGUGCGACUAUUUGGACCGGAGAAUAUACCCUUACUCCAAGUGGGUUUUAUGGGCUUAGUGGAGGUCGAUACGGACUUCCACGUGCGGCUAACAACCCGCGAUGAUUUUAAGAGCACGGUCUCUGCCAAGAUGUGGUCGGCUGUCGAACAUUAUGCGGCGGACUUGAAGGAAAGAAAGGUUCAGAUUGCUUUCUUUAGUGCAACACCACAGGGCGGAGGCGUUGCUCUUAUGCGGCAUGCUCUGCUGCGACUCUCUUAUUCCUUGGGAACUGACAUGAAAUGGUAUGUUCCAAAGCCACGACCGGGGGUAUUCCGCGUGACGAAGAACAAUCAUAAUAUUCUCCAGGGUGUCGCUCGCCCAGGGGAUCAAUUGACUCCUGAAAAUAAGCAGGUUUUACAAGAUUGGAUUGAGGAAAAUGCUCGUCGGUAUUGGACUAGCUAUGGGGGUCCACUGCUGGCCCCUUCAGAAGGAGGGGCCGACGUGAUUGUCGUGGAUGACCCGCAAAUGCCAGGCCUGAUCCCAAUCGCCAAGCAGUACGCCCCGGAUCGACCAAUUCUCUUCCGUAGCCACAUCCAAAUUCGUAGUGAUUUGAUCGAGCAAGUUGGAACUCCACAGGCUGAGGCGUGGGACUUCCUGUGGAAUCAGAUCAAGUUCUCCGAUUGUUUUAUCAGUCAUCCUGUAAGUUCAUUUGUACCAAAUGAUGUCCCACCUGAGAUCGUGGGCUACAUGCCAGCAUCGACUGAUUGGUUGGAUGGGCUAAAUAAAAACAUGCGCGACUGGGAUGUGGCUCAUUAUGGUCGCAUCUUCAAUGCAGCAUGCAGAAACGCAGAAAUGACAACUAUUGGAUACCCUGAAGAACCGUACAUCGUGCAGGUAUGCAGAUUUGAUCCAUCAAAAGGAAUUCUUGACGUAUUGGAAUCCUAUGAGAAAUUUUACCAACGACUCGUGAAAGCUCGGCCGGAUUUGACUCCCCCGAAGCUUUUGGUUUGUGGACAUGGCUCAGUGGAUGACCCAGAUGGAUCGUUGAUUUAUGAUGAAGUGCUCGAUCACAUCGAACACAAGCUUGCAGAGCUCCGACAUAUGAUUUGUAUCAUGCGACUGCGGCCUUGUGAUCAGAUCUUGAACGCGCUUCUCUCCAAAGCCGCUAUUGCAUUGCAGCUCUCCACUCGCGAAGGCUUCGAGGUGAAAGUUUCCGAGGCAAGCCACAAGGGAAAGCCUGUCAUCGCUACUCGCGCUGGUGGCAUUCCCCUGCAAAUUGAACAUGGCAAAAAUGGGUUCUUGGUGGAUAUCGGCGACACUGACACCGUUGCGCAACACUUGUUUAAUCUGUGGACGGACGAUGCCCUCUAUCGGCGCAUGUCGGAGUAUGCACUGAGCCAUGUAUAUGACGAGGUGAGCACAGUAGGUAAUGCUUUGGUCUGGGUUUACCUCGCCUCGAAAUACUCCAAGGGUGAGCAAGUACGACCAAAUGGGCGUUGGAUUAAUGACAUGGCUUUUGAGGAUCUCGGUAUUCCAGCCAUAGGAGACGUUCCGCACUUGAAGCGUGCAGUUGACGUUGAAAACAUGUGA